AUUAAACAUACAUUUCAUCUUUGUAACAAAGUUUCAAAUGGAUCAUCAGCUGCCUGCAACCGUCCUACUCUUUGUGUUCUGCAACCUCCCAACUGGCCAACUCCGUCAGUUCCACUAUGUCAAUCUGACGAUGACCUGGUCCAAUGCUCAACAAUACUGCAGAGCGAACUACACUGACUUGGCCACAUUCAACAGCAUAAACGAAAUAAGUAGCUUAAACAGACCUGCUCUGAGCACCUCAGUGGCCUGGAUCGGACUGAACGACGACCCCAUAUCAUGGAAGGGGGUCAUGGCUAGCGAUGCCAACUCCUGGAGGUGGUCAGCAACUGGUGCACCAAGCACUACUGGUUACCAGUCGUGGCUCAAUGGUGAACCUAAUGAUCAAUACAUAGAGUACUGUGUCAUAAUGGGAAAUAAUGGACUUUGGGCUGACGUGCCCUGUAACGCUUUAUACAGCUUUGUUUGUUAUUCAGCAAAAACUCAAACAUAUGUUUAUGUCCCAUCUGCCCUCACGUGGUCUGAUGCCAGAAAUUAUUGCAGAGUGAACUUCAACGACCUAACAACAAUUGACAACUCUGUGGACAAUGAAAACAUCCGAAGUAAAAUACCAUCUCCUGUGUGGAUCGGCCUGUACCGACUGGCUUGGAAGUGGUCCGACGGCAGCAGCAGCUCAUUCAGAAACUGGCAGAGUGGAAAGCCAGACAACAAACCAACUAACAACCAAUACUGCGUCGCUGAAAAUAACCAGCACCAAUGGUACGACGACGUCUGUCAGAAUACGUAUGCGUUCAUCUGCCAAGAAGAUCUGAAAGAAUACAUGACUGUUAAGAUAAAGCUCCAGACCAGUGCUGACAUGACAGACCCAGCUACUAACGACCAGCUUAUUCAAAAGCUGGAUGCAGAGCUACAAAGUAUUGGAGUGACUUACAUCAAACUGAAAUGGAUAAGUCAGCCUUGGAAACUAGAGAUGCUUCCAGAUUCUCAGUGCACUAAAUAUUUUUAGUAUAUUUCAUCUCCUACUAGAAAUAAUAAUUAUGUGUUUUCAACUAGUAACAUCACCGGGAGAAAACCAAAACCCCAAAAAGCUGUGUAAAAUCUGCAACAAAACAUUAA